CCAGUGCGCAGCUUCACAAACAUGGUAAACUAAGCCUCAACUUGAAUCCGGUUCCUUUCCUUCCCUUCUAUUUCUCGACCCAUUAUUUCCAUCAUGCCCAAGGGCGCACCCCAGCCCACAGAUAUUGACGAGAAACUUAUCGCUCUUCGGCGGCGAACAGCAGUACAAACGAGGCCCAAGGAAAAAUCAGAGAGGCCAUCAGGUGAAAAACCUUCUCGUCCUCCAUCAGUUCCGACCCAGCAACAACGUUUGUCUCCGAAAAGACCUCAUCAAGUAAUCAUACAACGGCCAUCCGAUGCAGAUGCUGAGGAUUUUUCUCGACUCAAUAUUUCAUCACAUUCUUCUUCACGACCCGUGCAAUCAUCUACCCAGUCGAAUCCACACUCAAAGCUCUAUAACCCAGAUCGUGAUCCUAUUCCUACCAUGCGCCGUACCGCAGAGCCUGAAUCAAUGUCGCAGACCGCCAGCAAUGGCCGACCAACUAGGGAUACUGAAGGGUCAAUGAAGCAACUUUUCGAUCAUAGGAAGGACAAUCCGGUGCGAUUUUCUGUUCUUGCUCGACCGCAACAGCAUGGUCAGCGACCUGUGCCUACACCGAAAUCCUCCGGCGAAUAUAUUUCAGCCUCUUCGACUUCAUCGUACGCUGCCUCACAAGUUUCUUCCACCUUCACCCUCUCAUCUACGACCGAUGGCUCUUCUGUCCCCUCCGCACUCUUCGAUCGGCAAGACAAGCCCCAUGAGGAAAGCUCGGGGACUAAUGCCUUCGCUCAGCAACUCAAGAGAUUGUAUCGCACGAUCACAAUCCUUGAAACCAAAGUUCAAAAAGAGGAUGUUGAUGUAGAGAAAGAUAGCCGGGACAACAAUCGGAUCUUGCUCAAGGGUAAGAAUGUACAGCUUGAGGAAGAUGAGGAAGAGAAGGAAAGGGAAAAGUGGACACGGCAGAUUGAAGAUCAUAAACGACUCAUUGAAACGAUCCACUCUCUGCUCGAAAUAUCUCUUGCACCCUCUGUUCCUGCUUCCCUUCGAAUCAUUCCCAAGAAGUAUAACAUCAUAGUUCGGUUGUGGACGUUUGGGUUCCAUAAGCUCCUCGAGAACCUUCGGCGGGCAUCCCUCACAUCACCUCUCGCUUUGGAACAUUUACAAGAUUUCAUCUACUUCGCGUACACAUUUUACACUGGACUACUCGAUGAACCACCGUUAGCCCAGUUCAGGCAUGGCUGGCUGGAAGCAUUAGGUGACCUCGCGCGAUACAGGAUGAUGGUUGCGGGCAUGAUCACUGCGGGAAACCUAAGUUCCGCAGCUUUGAAGACUUCAGAAACCGCAGUUAACGCAGUAAAGAAAGAACUAGCCGAUGGCCAGCUCGUAAUCCCCACUGACACUGGAGCAAAGUCCGUGAGCAACGCACCCGCAGCUCGCAUCGACGACUCUCCUUCACCGAGCGUCGGAAUUGCUGCAGCACGUGCACUUGAAAUUGAGCCAGAGGUCGAAAGAUGGCGCUCUCUUGCUCGAGAUUGGUACGGUAAAGUAUUGGCCGAGCAGCCUGGAGCCGGAAGACUGCACCAACAUUUGGGCAUGUUAAGUCGUGAGCUUCCUGGAGAAGAAAUAAGAGCGAUUUAUCAUUUUGUGAAAAGUAUGACAACACUUCGUCCUUUUCCUUUAUCUCGUGAAUCAAUCCUCUCGAUAUGGUCCCCUGAAGCUCAGGCCAGGCGCCAGUUAUCCGACGCCCGUCUUCCAGAUCUCUUUGUGCUCCUACAUGGAAUGCUUUUCACCAACAUCCAGCUGGAUGAUUUUCGUUCGACUCUCUUCCGUUUCGUCGAGCGACUUGAGCUUGAAGGUGCCGAAGAACGCGUAUGGACCAUGAUGGCCGUUAUCAACAUCAGUUCCAUCCUAGAGUACAAUAAGCCCAAUGGCAUUCUCAAGAGAUGUGGUGGGAUAACUUCAAGGGAAUCUGCUACUGUCCCCGUGCGAGUCAUGACGAAGAAGGAGGCCGGAAAAGAUGAUGAUAAGAUGGAUGUAGACGAAGACAAACCAUCCGAUAUCUCCCCUCCUCCUUCAGAUGCUGAAACAGAAAACAUGGAGCAAUCGAUGGCAUACAAGCUCGCAUUGGAACUAACUUUCUCGGUCCUUUCACACGUUCUUCGACGACCGCAUCGGAGGGCCUCCCUUUACGCCAAGAAACGGCUAAACCCGUAUCUUACUGUUAUCUUGACAUUUCUAGCGACGGUCCUUAAGCACGAAAAAACUCUCGAAGUCAUGGAGAAGAGUAUACCCUGGGAAGAGUUAACAAGUUUCUUCGCCACCAUUCCAAGAUCUACCAUGCACUCUCAAGGUCUGAUGGACCCUGUAGUUUCUCGUCCCGAUGGAGGUGAUCGAUGGAUGAUGCUGACUUCCUCGUGUGCGCCUCCACUGCCGGAAGAUUGGUGUUUAAGAGGUAUGGAAUGGGUCGGAAGAAAGGUAUACGAGCGUGGCUAUUGGAAGAGCGGCGAGGAUAGACAGGUUGAAAUUGAGGUGCUUGAUGACGAAGAAGCGGAACCGACGGAUGAUGGGCGGAUUGAGGAUGGUUCUGAGGACGAGAAUAACUCGGUCACCAAGAAACGUUAUAUACGGAUUGCUCGAUGCGCUGUCACUCUGGCUGACGUUGUUAAAGGAUUUACUUGGGUAGAAGGCUCUAGGGAAUGGAGAGUUGAAGGAGAGCUCUCUGACAAAAUUCAACAGUGGAAGGAAGAAGAACAGCAAGAGAAGGAGGAGGAAGAAAGGAGAAAAGUCGGUAACUGUUGGGUCGAUGAUUCUAUGGAUAUCGAUGAAGAUAGUUCUGAAGGAUAUUUGGAGAGCAGUAGUGACGACGACGACGAGUUAGAUACUCCGGAAAUCCGAGAGCUCAAGGCUCGUCGAAGGCACUUGCAGAUGUUGCUCCGGUCUUCACAAAUGGAAUCCAGUCGCUCUCGUGUCAAGCGUGCAUCCAGGAAAGAAGGGAAGAGUCACCCGGUAUUGCCCAUCCAACCGGGAUACACUGUACUCGUUGUGGACACCAACAUUCUUCUAUCCUCUCUAUCUACUUUUGUGUCCUUGGUGGAGAGUCUCCGCUGGACCGUCCUCGUUCCUCUGCCUGUGGUGAUGGAGCUGGACGGGCUGAAAUCCAAUGCAUUACCUCAGUUGAGCCAAGCUGCUGAUGAUGCCCUCAAGUACAUCACUUCCCAUAUUCGCUCCUAUAGUAGUUCGCUCAAGGUUCAGACUUCAAAAGGGAACUAUCUCACAUCUCUCAACGUCCGAACAGAGGAGGUUGAUUUUGCGAGUGGAAAAUCUGAGAGAAGUAUGGAUGAUCUCAUCCUCAAAACAGCUAUCUGGCACGAUAAACACUGGAUCGACCGAUCUGCAAUGUUAAAGUCAGAUGGUAUUCAAACCGUGGCCAAUCCAAUCAAAGUUGUUUUGCUCAGUCUCGAUCGAAAUUUGCGCCUCAAAGCCCGUUCGAGACAGUUACCGGCUGCGGGUGAGACAGAUCUUGCUAUGCUUCUUUCCGAUGGCACGUAAGUUACGCCAGUGGCUGGCUUGCUCUUUCCAUCCUUCCCCUCUCUUUAGCACACGCCCACAAGCAACUAUGAACGUCCCGGGGUUUGGGUAUCAUGUCUUGAUGCAUAUCCCUCAUUUGACCCUUAUUUCUCGCUGCAUUUGGGAUCCAAAGAGGGUCGGAAGCUGACCCUCUCCUUACCCUCUGGUACUCUGAAAUGGCACGCCACCGAUGUAGGCGAUGUAUCUACUUUAUAUCUCACCUGCAUUCACUUCUUCAUACCCGGACAAGUAUAUACCUGACAUGUGUUUAUAUUUUUCUGGUCGCUGUUGUAAUUUUAUGGUAACACGAGAAUACAAACUUGGUUUAUAAAACAUACUGAUAUUCGUCGUGAAAAGCAGCAAGUUAUUGUUUAACAUGAAGUAAAGGAACUCUUGUCUCUAUUUCUUUGGUGGAAGCAUUCUCGUAUUCGUCUUCGAUGUCGUCUCCGAGUUCAAAUGCAGUAUUGGAG